UCGUCUUAUCUUUUGUUUUUUUUUUUGUUUUUUUGUGAAUGAAGCGCCUUGCAGAUCCCCUUAGCUGCCGUGGCUAGCGAAGGAUCUAUCGAGGACUCGUUUGGUUGCUUACAAGUUGACUUCGCUAACGAAUACAUCGGCGGUGGCGUGUUGAACUCCGGAGCGGUGCAGGAAGAAAUUCGAUUCUUGAUAUGUCCAGAAAUGAUUGUAUCUUCUCUUUUGUGUGAGAGAAUGGGACCGCUUGAAGCAAUUCACAUAAUCGGUGCACAACGCUACAAUGAUUAUGUGGGAUACGGUAGGUAUUACCCAAUUUUCUCCAAUACUCAUGUUCCAGGAGGAUCAUAUGCGAAGUUGUGGCAAUGGAUGCCAAAUACUUCAAACGUGUUACCAGGCCAGCUCAAUAUAGAGUCGAAAACAUCGACAGAGAACUCAACAAGGUUCGCCUUCGUUAUUAUCAAGCUAUUAUUGUUCGAGGCAUAUGCUGGUUUUACAACGAGGACAGAAGUAUCGCGACCUAUUGCAACAGGAAACUGGGGUUGUGGAGUUUUUGGUGGAGAUAAAGAACUAAAAAGUGCAACUCUUAAAUGGACCCGUUACGCGGAUUAUGGCAGUGAACCUAGAGAUGAAUUCCAGUGGGUUGAUUUUUCUUGUGCUAUUUUAGAUUUUAUUUAAAA